UGCCACUCAGCCGGGCAAAGGAAGGUGAGCCCUAUUGCCACCGAGCCUGGUCGAGCCGGAAGACUUCAGGUUGCUGAUCUGACAUUUGGCCCGAACCUCUCUGUGAUGCCAAAAAGUUUCAGCUCGCGUUGAACGUCCCACUCGUCUUUACAUGUUGUCCUCCAUGGUCGGCGGAAGUUCUGCCCGCAUCAAGACUCGCCCUGACACUUGACCUCCACCCAGCUAGCACAGGCGACUGAUGACAUAUGAGCCAUCAAAGCUUCCCGAACACCCCUGGCCCUGCUGCCGAACGCAAAUCACCACCACUUCCGAAAUAACAUGGCUUCAGCCCAUCUGUGUGCAGGCCGCUAUUGCCGUCCAAGCUCUCGUCGGUGUGACGGAGGAAGCGUCAGCUAGCCGACCCGCACUUCUAGUGAAAUUUGUCUCUCUUUUCAAAAUCAGGACGCGGCCUGCUGUCCAACGGGCCACCCCCGCUAUUCGCGUCGCUCGUGACUUCCAUCGUAUUGCGCAAUAGCUUUCCACUUCUAUACUGCCAGUCUUAAAAGAGGUCAGAGUGGUGGUGUCGAUGUAUGAUCCGUAUCCCAUCUGGACAUUGCACAAGUUGGAGCGCUUGUCCAAAU